UUGGGCUACGACUCCUUGCGAGAAGCUGAGCUGGGGCAACCAGGAGCCGAUGUGGCCCGUCUCCGCCUCAGCGCUCGGAGCCAUUCCAAGUGCAAGAAUCCAAUACCUGGCCAGGCACAAAAGGGACCUCUCAGCAAGGGAGGACCAGCGCAGGAAGGAAGAGGAGGUGGGCUUCGUCAGGAAGACCCAGCAUCCUUCCUCCGAGACGUCACAGUACGAAAACAUUGUCCGCUUGUCAACACCCAAAACCAGGGGCCCCGGCUCCCAGGAAGCAGGGCCUCCUCACACACCUCAGUGUGAGAAUAAUUGUCCGAUCUGGCACAUCGAUCCCAGAGUGAAAACUGCAGCGGUCACACCUCGACUGCUGCGGCUGUCAAACCCCAGGCCGAACCAUCAAGACUUCCAGAGCAACGGAGAGAGCGUUGGGCCCGCCGCGUCCAGAACGGCCCGCAUCUCUCGACGACUGGUCCAGCUCUCACUGCCCAGGCUGAAGGAGAGCAACAUCUGCUGCGGGCUUGGACGUCCGGAGGAAUCCGUCUGGACCGUUUCGAGGGCAGCGAGGAGAGCCACAGCAAGUGCCCGCGUCGAAAUGCUGGCAACACCGAAGCAGCUUUCCCAGGACUACGUCCCCCCGCGAGGACCAGGGCGGAGCCGAGGAACCGGCCUGUCCACCUGAUCUUCCCCCGGCGUCACGGCCAAGUCGGUGCUGAUCUAGUUUGCGCUCUUUGUGAAACUAAUUCCUGUCAGGCCAAACAUGCAACACUUUGAUGAUACGUCACGGUAAAAGUAAAAAUUAAAAUUAGGAUUUGAGCUUUGAAAUUAAUCUGAAGCGAUGUCAAAUACAUAUAGAUCUCGAUAAAGGCAGGCUCAACUCUUAUUUUGGUGCUUUACUUACACUGGCUUUCAA